AGAGUGAAUGUUCAGAGUAAGGUCGGAUCAUCUACCUCUCCUGUCAUCUCCUGUCCCGUCCUAGAGGUAGAUUAAACUCAAAAAGUCAGGAUACUAGAUGUGAUUUAGAUCCAUUCGGACUGAAUAUUCAACUCUUUAGCUGUCUGCAUUUCAUUAUUCUUUCAGAUUGAGGUGUUUUCAGAAGGAUGGUGAUCUACAAGGGAUUAAUGGAUCACUGAUAAUCCAUCACUUUGUGAUCCUAAGUGUUUGUGUUCACGAAUUGUGCUCUGUUGGACAUCUGGACUGGACACCAUGGUGCCCCUGUACUCCUGUGUGCGUAUGUUUAAGUAAGUGAAUGAGCCUGUGAGAUCUCUCAUCUCGUGUGCAUGAGGGUGCACGACUGAUUCGAAGAACCAUGGGGAACGCUUCAGGCGGCAUGGAGGUGUCGCCCAGCCGAGACGUGAAAGGGGCGCAAAACUCUUUCAGCCCCGGCGGCUUGAAACAACCUCCUGGACCUAAACUGCCCCUGCCUUCGCAAGAGGAGCUGGAGGAGAGGUUCAGCUCGGUCCUGAACUCCAUGAACCUGCCUCCUGAUAAAGUGAAACUGCUCCUCCAGUAUGACAACGAGAAGAAGUGGGAGUUGGUCUGUGACCAGGAGCGCUUUCAGGUAAAGAAUCCACCAUCAGCCUACGUGCAGAAACUCAAGAGCUUUUUAGAGCAAGGAGGCAGCAGGAAGUUUAAGAGACGUGUACAAGAGGCCACCCAAGUCUUGAGAGAGCUGGAAAUAUCCUUAAGGACUAAUCACAUUGGCUGGGCUCAAGAAUUUCUCAAUGACGAGAACAAGGGGUUGGACGUUCUAGUCGAGUAUCUUUCCUUUGCCCAGCGCGCUGUGCCGUAUGACUUGGACUCCAUAGAUAAUGGGAGCUUUGAGGAGAAAUCAGCAGAAGACGGGACACUGAGUGCCACUAACUCGCCUACCCACAAUUCCUCACACACCAACCGCUCCUACGCAGCACGAUUGAACUCUUUUCACAACAGGAAGGCUCUGAGGAACUCACGCCUGCUCAGUCAGAAAGAUCACCUGCACCUCUGCAUCAUGUGCCUCCGGGCCAUCAUGAACUACCAGUCAGGGUUCAAUCAGGUGAUGAGCCACCCGAACUGUGUCAAUGAGAUCACACUGAGCCUCAACACUAACAAUGCCAGAACUAAAGCCUUGGUUCUGGAGCUGUUGGCUGCGGUGUGUUUCGUCCGAGGAGGUCACGACAUCAUCCUCGCAGCUUUCAACAACUUUAAAGAGGUGUGCGGAGAGAAGAGCCGCUUCGAAAAGUUGAUGGCCUACUUCCGUAACGAGGACGGUAACAUCGACUUCAUGGUGGCGUGCAUGCAGUUCAUCAAUAUUGUGGUGCAUUCUGUAGAAAACAUGAACUUCAGAGUUCAUCUGCAGUACGAGUUCACACAGCUGGGACUGGAUGAUUACCUCGAGACGUUAAAAAUGAGUGAGAGUGAGAGAUUACAGGUGCAGAUACAGGCGUAUCUGGAUAACUUGUUCGAUGUUGGAGGACUGCUGGAGGACGCAGAGACCAAAAACGCUUUACUGGAGCACUUAGAGGAACUCCAGCAGAACAACACCAAGUUGAGCAACAGGUUGCAGGAGUGUGAGAAUGAAGCAAUGGAGAAAGUGUCAGACCUGGAGAGACAGCUCAUCCACAGCACUAAGGAAGUGGAGCUGCUAAAGGAGAGCCUCCGGGAAUCGGGCACGGAGAUCUCCACCCUGCAGCAGCGAGAGCGAGAACGAGAGAUGGCCAGAGAGCUGGAGAGGGAGAGAGAGAAGGAUCGAGAGCGCUUAUCGAGAGCGCUCGAGCAGAAGGUCCAGUCCCUCGUGGAGCAGGGGCUCAUCCGAAUGGAGCGCUCCGAGUCUGGAUCCGUGGAACUGAACAUCGUCCACGAAAACACAGGAGAUACACAACUACCUCACGCAGUCAUAGAUGAGAUCACUGAAGCAAAUGUUCCUGUAAGUGCAUCCUGUGCACCUUCUGCUCCAACUCCGCCCCCAGUGCCAGUCCCCGCCCCUCCCCCACCACCUCCUCCCCCGCCUCCUCCAACUCUGAACACCUUUAGGACAGGUACGAGGGAUAAGAAGCCGAUCCAGACGAAGUACCGCAUGCCGCUUUUUAACUGGCAGACGUUAAAGGACGAGCAGGUCGCUGGAACCGUCUUCACUGAACUGGAUGAUGAAAAUGUUUUAGCAGAGUUGGACAUGGACGCUUUCGAGGAGCUGUUCAAGACAAAAGCUCAGUCUCCUCCCACCGGCGUCAGCACUCUGAAGAUGAAAGUUUCACGGAAGUCUUCCAGUAAAAUCUCUCUGCUGGAGCCGAACCGAGCCAAAAACCUGGCAAUCACUCUGCGCAAAGGAGGCAUGGACGCCAACCAGAUCUGCACUGCCAUCGAGACGUAUAAUCUGAAGGCGUUAAGUCUAGAUUUUCUGGAGCAAUUGGAGCGUUUCAUCCCGUCCGACUACGAGCUGAAGUUGAUCCAGAAUUACGAGCGUGAAGGCCGCUCUGUGCUGGAGCUCUCCGAGGAAGACCGCUUCAUGGCCCAGUUUGGGAAAAUCCCACGACUCUGUCAGCGAAUCAGCAUGCUCACAUUCAUGGGGAACUUCAACGAGAGCGUCCAGCUCCUGCAGCCACAACUCAACGUCAUCAUCGCUGCAUCCAUGUCCAUUAAAUCCUCCAGUAAACUCAAGAAGAUUCUAGAGAUCAUUCUUGCAUUUGGGAACUACAUGAACAGUGGGAAGAGGGGUGCGGUGUACGGCUUUCGCCUCCAGAGUCUCGAUCAGCUCCUGGACACAAAGUCGACAGACCGCAGACAGACGCUGCUGCACUUCCUCGUCAGCAUCAUACAGGAGAAAUUUCCACAUCUACACACCUUUCAUACUGAGCUGCACUUUAUGGACAAAGCAGCAAUGGUGUCUCUGGACAGCAUUUUAUUAGACGUGUGUGCACUCCAGAGAGGAAUGGAAGUGACCCAGAAGGAGUUCGAGGAACAGAAAGAUAAUUUGAUCCUGAGGGACUUCCUGUCCAACAACAGCGGUCUGAUGGACGCCGUGGUUAAAGACGCCAAAACCGCACAGGAGGUGUAUGAAUCAGUGGUGGAGUACUUUGGAGAAAAUCCUAAAACCACUCCUCCUUCUAUGUUCUUCCUCAUAUUCAUUAGGUUCAUUAAAGCUUAUAAGAUGGCUGAACAGGAGAAUGUACAAAGGAAGAGAGACAGUUUCUUCGGGGGUGACGAGAGCAAAGAGAUGGCCAUGUUGGACGCGGACAAAAUGGGAAGCAAGGUGCCCACGAUGCCACGCUUGGCGCAGGUGGACCUGAUAGCGGAGCUGAAGCGAAGACAGGUGUCCCCUCUGAUGCGUGAGGGCAAGGACGGCACCAUCGAGGACAUCAUCACAGGUCUGAGAAAUCAGCCCUACAUAAGAGCCGACGGAGGAAGACGCAGCUACAAAUGGAAACCGGCACAGAAGCUGCAAGUGUCUUCAGACAUCUCUCUCUAACACACACACACAUACACACACGUAGUUCUACUUAUUUAUUUCGGCUACGAGUAAUAGAACAUAGCUUAACCGUACAAUCAACAAUCAAGAUUUGUCAAAUUCAGUGUCACAGAUUUGAUUGAUUAUUCUGCAUGAACUGCAUUUUUAUCACGCUGUAUUUAAAACAGCGCUUUGUGAUCAUCGUGCUUGGGAAGCUUCGAUUUCAAAAGAUUGUCCUGAUUCGGAUGCACAUUAACGCCUCAGUAUAUUUUCAAGAGCAUGUUUGCUUAUGUACCGACCGGUUGGAACGAAAAAGUGUUUUUAUAUUGGGUACCGUUGCUUUAUGUACAUGUAACCACAAUCAAUCAAUCAAUAAAUGACAUCCAGUGACAUGCA